AUGGCGGUCUCCACGCCUCUUGACCCUUUCCUCCGUGGAAGUACCAGCAAAAACACCCGGGGUCUCCUUCGAGUUAUUAUUCUCCUGACCAUUGCGGCCGCCGCAGUGUCAGCCCGUUUGUUCAGUGUAAUUCGUUUCGAAAGCAUUAUCCACGAGUUCGAUCCCUGGUUCAAUUUCCGUGCCACCAAAUAUCUGGUGAAGAAUGGCUUUUACAGCUUCUGGGACUGGUUUGACGACCGAACAUGGCACCCCCUCGGUCGAGUCACUGGCGGAACGCUCUAUCCAGGUCUGAUGGUAACAUCUGGUGUUAUCUACCACAUCCUCCGGCUUUUGUCCCUUCCUGUCGACAUACGGAACAUCUGCGUCCUCCUCGCUCCGGGGUUCUCUGGCCUUACAGCACUAGCAAUGUACCUCUUGACCUCCGAAAUGUCUUCUUCGCCAUCUGCAGGUCUUUUGGCUGCUGCCUUUAUGGGGAUCACUCCAGGUUACAUCUCAAGAUCCGUUGCCGGGAGUUAUGACAACGAGGCCAUUGCUAUUUUCCUCUUGGUCUUCACAUUCUUUCUCUGGAUCAAGGCUGUCAAAAACGGGUCUAUCAUGUGGGGAGCUCUGGCUGCCUUGUUCUACGGCUACAUGGUCUCUGCAUGGGGUGGAUACGUUUUCAUCACCAACUUGAUACCUCUUCAUGCUUUCGUCCUCAUCUUGAUGGGUCGAUACAGUUCCAGGCUGUACAUCAGCUACACCACCUGGUAUGCUCUCGGGACUCUGGCAAGCAUGCAGGUUCCGUUCGUGGGAUUCCUCCCCGUCAGGAGCAGUGAUCAUAUGGCUGCGUUGGGCAUUUUUGGUUUGUUGCAAUUGGUUGGCUUCUUCAAUUUCCUGCGGGACCAGCUCCCAGGCAAACAGUUUCAGACACUGCUGGUUGCCCUGGGUGGAACUAUCUUUGCUGUGAUGCUGUUGGCUCUCGUCACUCUCACUGUCUCUGGUGUCAUUGCACCCUGGAGCGGUCGAUUCUAUUCUCUCUGGGACACAGGGUAUGCAAAGAUACAUAUCCCCAUCAUCGCAUCCGUCUCGGAACAUCAACCCACGGCAUGGCCUGCAUUCUUCUUCGACCUCAACAUGCUCAUCUGGCUAUUCCCUGCGGGAGUCUACAUGUGCUUCCGCAAUCUGAAAGAUGAGCAUGUCUUUGUCGUUAUUUAUGCGGUCCUUGCCAGCUACUUUGCCGGAGUUAUGGUCCGACUCAUGCUUACCCUGACACCGGUGGUGUGCUGUGCUGCUGCGCUUGCUCUUUCACAUAUAUUAGACACCUACCUCUACAUCCCGUCACCCUCUGGAGAUGCAAAUGAUGGGAGCAACGGGUCUGUCAAGGCAAGCAAAAUCGCCGCCAACCCGUCACUACGGUCCACCAGAAACCCUCUCGUUGGCAUCUAUUCCGUUGUGUCGAAGUCGAUGAUCACGUCAAUGGUCACUGGUUUCCUACUUCUGUUUGUCGCUCACUGCACGUGGGUUACCUCGAAUGCCUACUCAUCACCUUCGGUCGUUUUGGCCUCAAGGUUACCGGAUGGGUCUCAACACAUUAUCGACGACUACCGAGAAGCUUACUACUGGUUGAGGCAAAACACACCCCAAGACGCAAAGAUCAUGUCAUGGUGGGAUUAUGGAUAUCAGAUUGGAGGUAUGGCCGACCGACCGACAUUAGUGGACAAUAACACUUGGAACAACACGCAUAUUGCGACUGUUGGAAAGGCCAUGAGCUCUCGAGAGGAAGUCAGCUACCCCAUCCUUCGCCAGCACGACGUUGAUUAUGUUCUGGUUGUUUUCGGAGGUCUAUUGGGAUACAGUGGUGACGAUAUCAACAAGUUUCUGUGGAUGGUAAGAAUCGCCGAGGGUAUCUGGCCUGAAGAGGUGAGAGAGCGAGAUUACUUCACUGCUCGCGGCGAAUACCGAGUCGAUGAAGAAGCCACGCCCACCAUGAAGAAUUCUCUCAUGUACAAAAUGUCGUAUUACAACUACAACAACCUCUUCCCAGCAGGCCAGGCGCAAGAUCGCGUCCGAGGUUCAUCUCUUCCCGCGCAGGGCCCGGAAUUGAGCACGCUCGAGGAAGCCUUUACCAGUGAGAACUGGAUCAUUCGCAUUUACAAAGUCAAGCCUCUGGAUAAUGUAGGGCGCGAUCACCAAAGUGCUACUGCCUUUGAAAAGGGCCACAAGAAGAAGAGGAAGACUGGGGCGAGAAAGGGUGCAAGGACUCUGAGAGUGGACUAA